CCCAGUGGAAGAUGGCGGUGGGGAUGCUGUCUGGGACUGGAGCAGAGUGCUGGAUUUGUACAAAAAGAGAGCCCGGAUGGAUAUAAGGGGGGAAAUGAACAUAUUCCAAUCUCUUCUCCUCGAGGUCUGGACUCUUUUGGGGUUGUUUUAACUAAAGCCGCUGCCCUUUAUUUUUGGCAGAAAUCCGGGCUUCUUGUCGGGGUUCACAGACUAUUACACGGAUAGCUCGGCACAUAGACAGGGUGGGAGUGAAAAGUGGACGAAAAUGUCGGAUACAAAGGUAAAAGUUGCAGUGAGAGUUCGGCCCAUGAACCGCAGGGAAAUUGAACUGAAUACAAAAUGUGUCGUGGAUAUGGAGGACAACCAAACAGUUCUACACCCACCACCAUCAAAUACAAAAGGAGAGAACAGCAGGAAGCAACCUAAGGUGUUCGCUUUUGACCACUGUUUCUGGUCCAUGGAUGAGUCCAACGUUCCAAAAUAUGCCGGUCAAGAGGUGGUGUUCAAGUGCCUUGGAGAGGGAAUACUUGAAAACGCAUUCCAGGGAUAUAAUGCCUGUAUAUUUGCCUAUGGACAAACAGGUUCAGGCAAGUCCUUUUCCAUGAUGGGGAAUGGGGAGCAGCCAGGUUUAAUACCUCGACUCUGUUGCUCGCUGUUUGAGAGGGUCAGCAGAGAGGGGAAUGAGGCCCAUACUUUUAAGGUGGAGGUGUCCUUCAUGGAGAUCUACAAUGAGAAGGUCCGUGACCUGCUCGAUCCCAAAGGGAGCCGCCAGUCCCUGAAAGUUCGGGAACACAAAGUCCUGGGUCCAUACGUGGAUGGUCUGUCUCAGCUGGCUGUGACCAGCUUUGAGGACAUUGAGGUGUUAAUGUCAGAGGGGAACAAAUCUCGCACAGUUGCAGCCACCAACAUGAAUGAGGAGAGCAGUCGAUCACAUGCGGUCUUCAGUAUCAUUGUCACACAAACGCUUUAUGAUCUACAGUCUGGGAAUUCAGGGGAGAAAGUGAGCAAGUUGAGUCUGGUUGACCUGGCAGGAAGUGAGCGAGUGUCCAAGACUGGAGCUGCUGGAGAGAGGCUCAAAGAGGGCAGCAAUAUUAACAAGUCUCUCACCACAUUAGGCUGCGUGAUUUCUGCUCUGGCUGAUCAAUCAGGAAAGGGGAAGACCAAGUUUGUGCCGUACAGAGACUCAGUCCUCACCUGGCUAUUGAAGGACAACCUUGGCGGCAACAGCAAGACAGCCAUGAUAGCCACAGUGAGUCCAGCAGCUGAUAACUACGAGGAGACUCUGUCCACACUACGUUAUGCCGACAGAGCCAAGAGAAUCGUCAACCACGCCGUGGUGAACGAAGACCCCAAUGCUCGGAUCAUCAGAGAGCUCAGGGAGGAAGUGGAGAAGCUCAGAGUUCAGCUCUCUCAGGCUGAGUCUAUGAAGGCUCCUGAGCUGAAGGAGAAACUGCACGAGUCUGAGAAACUCAUUCAGGAGAUGACUGUCACCUGGGAGGAGAAACUAAGAAAGACAGAGGAAAUUGCCACGGAGCGUCAGAAGCAACUGGAGAGCAUGGGCAUCUCUCUGGAGACAUCAGGGAUUAAAGUGGGUGAAGACAAGUGUUUCCUGGUUAAUCUGAAUGCUGAUCCUGCCCUAAAUGAGCUGCUGGUCUACUACCUGAAGGAGCACACUCGUGUGGGUGCAGACACGUCUCAGGACAUCCAGCUGUUUGGGAUCGGUAUCCAGCCGGAGCACUGCGUACUGGAGCUCUGCCCAGAUGGUGAUGUCACCCUGAUACCCAUAGGGAAUGCCAGGACCUGUGUGAACGGAACAAUGAUUGAUUCCUUGGUGCACCUGUGGCAUGGAGAUCGUAUCUUAUGGGGCAACAAUCACUUCUUCAGGAUUAAUCUGCCUAAACGAAAGCGGCGGGACCGUUUAAAGGAACUGGAAAGAGCUUCUCCCAGAGACAGCUUCGUUGAGGCGGAUGUGGAGACUGCCAGCGAGGCCUCUUCUGAGCAGGACUACAGCUAUGAGUUUGCCCAAAUGGAGGUCAUAAUGAAGACUCUGGGAAACAAUGACCCUAUGCAGAAUGUGGUCCAGGUGCUGGAGAAGCAGUACCUGGAGGAGAAGCGGAUGGCUCUGGAGGAGCAGAGGAUGAUGUAUGAACGAGAGCUGGAGUCGCUACGGCAACAGCUGUCUCCCGAGAAAACACCACAACACCACCGCAGCAGCAGCGAGCGCCUCACAUUCCCGACGCACACACCGCACAGCAAACUGCGACUGUGGACAGAGGAGCGGGAUGAGCUUUUUCGUCAGAGCCUUUCUCGACUCAGGGAGCAGGUCAUGAAAGCCAACACCUUGGUGCGAGAAGCCAACUUUUUGGCAGAGGAGAUGAACAAACUGACUGACUAUCAGGUCACUCUUCAGAUUCCUGCAGCCAACCUCAGCGCCAACCGCAAGCGCGGAGUGAUAGUGAGCGAGCCGGCCAUCCAGGUGCGGAGAAAAGGGAAGGGGACCCAGGUGUGGACCAUUGAAAAGCUGGAAAACAAACUGGUGGACAUGAGAGACCACUACAGGGACUGGAAGGAAGACACAGAGGAGAUGAAUAACAGGGCAAACAGUAAUCACUGUGACCCAUUCUGUGAGGCACAAGAGAACCACAACCUGAUUGGAGUGGCCAACAUUUUUCUGGAGUGCCUUUUCCAUGAUGUUAAACUGCAAUAUGCUGUCCCCAUCAUCAGCCAGCAGGGAGAGGUAGCAGGCCGCUUGCACAUUGAGCUGAUGCGAGUCAGUGGAGCUGUCCCAGAGCGUCUGUCUGGGGGAGACGACUCGUCAGAGAACUCCAGCGAGAGUAGCUGCUAUGAGGUGAUGGACACCAAUGGGGAGAUCGUCCACAUGGCCAAGAGGCUCACCUGCAGGGUGCGGAUCAGGGAGGCUACAGGUCUGCCGCUCAACCUGUCAAACUUUGUUUUCUGUCAGUACACAUUCUGGGAGCACGGUGAGCCCACUGUGGCUCCUCCCAUGGUCAGCCCAGACAGACCUUCUCCUCGAAGCCCAGAUGCCCAGUUUACUGUCCAGUUUGAUCACUGCAAGGACUAUUUGGUGCAUGUGACGGAUGAGUUUUUGGAGUUUAUAUCAGAUGGAGCUUUGGCAAUAGAAGUGUGGGGUCACCGCUGUGCUGGGAACGGACGUUUACUCUGGGAGCUAGACGCACUGGAGGCCAAGACCCAGACACUUCGAGACAGGUGGAAUGAAGUGUCUCGCAGGAUUGAGCUAUGGAUCUCCAUCCAGGAGCUGAAUGAGCAAGGAGAGUACUCAUCUGUGGAGCUGAGUCCUGGAAAAGACAUUAGCACAGGAGGAGUCUUCCAACUCCGCCAGGGUCACUCCAGGAGGCUGCAGGUGUGUGUAAAGCCAGUCCAAAACUCAGGCACUCUGCCUCUGCUGGUGGAGGCUGUGCUGUCUGUCUCUAUUGGCUGUGUGUCUGCUCGCUCCACCAAACUACAGAGACCACUCGACAGCUACCAGAGAGAGGUGGAAGACGAUGUGGAUAGUUAUCAGGAGGAAGACCUCAACUGUGUUCGAGAGCGCUGGUCAGAGGCGCUGAUCAAACGUCGGGAGUACCUUGAUGAACAAAUCAAGAAAAUCAUCAACAAACAUGAGAAGUCAGAGGAGGAUAUUGAGCGCGAGGCUCGGCUGGUGGAGCAGUGGGUUGGCCUGACUGAAGAGAGAAACGCAGUGCUGGUACCUGCACCUGGCAGUGGCAUCCCUGGAGCGCCUGCAGACUGGACCCCACCUGCAGGAAUGGAAGCUCACAUCCCUGUACUUUUCCUGGAUUUAAAUGCCGAUAAUCUGACAGUAAAUGAGCAGCUGACCGGCCCACAUGCUGCAGGCGUUAACUCUAUCCUGCCGAAGGAGCAUGGAAGCCAGUUCUUCUAUCUGCCCAUCAUCCGGCACAGUGAUGAAGAGGUGUCUGCAGCAUGCUCCUGGGACUCAUCCAUCCACGAUUCUGUGCACCUCAACCGCAUCACGUCUCCUAACGAACGCAUUUACCUGAUCAUCAAAGCCACAGUGCAGCUCAGCCACCCUGCCUCUAUGGAGCUGGUGCUCCGCAAAAGGAUUGCUGUCAACAUCUACAACAAACAGAGUUUCACUCAGAGUCUCAAGCGAAGAAUGUCCUUAAAGAACACGCUUUAUUCUUGUGGUGUGACAUAUGAGAUCGUUUCCAACAUACCAAAGGCUUCAGAGGAGCCAGAGGAAAGAGAAACCUUGGCGCUCAUGGCUGCUCGCGGGGACAGCGAGGAGACUCAGGAUGGAGAAACCUACAUAGAGAAAUACACACGGGGAGUUCUGGAAGUGGAGAACAUCCUCAGUCUGGAGAAGCUACGACAGGCAGUGACAGUGAAGGAAGCGCUCACCGCCAAGGGGAGACACCUAAGAAGGAGUAUCAGCACACCAAAUGUACAGCAUUCUUCGUGUAGUAAAACAGACCUGACAGGGUGUGAGGAUGAAGAUUGUAAGGACCACUGUGAGCAUGUGGACAGCUCCACCUACAAUCCUCAGGAGGGAUCGCUUUGCACCACACCCAUCAAAAGCAAGGAGAAUCCAGGUUUAGUUCCAGAGAGCCCUACUUUUUUCAACUCCAGCCCUUUCAAAGUCCUCUCCCCUCAACCACCUAAGUUCCUCAAGUCUCUGCUGCCUGUCAAAGAGGAGAACAAGGCAAAGAAAGUCCUGGAGGCCCGGCCGCUGCUGGGACAAGAGAGCAUGCGCUCAUGUGUGAACAGCGCUGCACUGCUCCCCCCUCCCUGCCCCUGGCACCGGCCCAGGGCAGGCAGCGAGGGCCACUGCAAGCCUUCCACCUCCACCUCCACCUCCACCCUCACCUCCACCUCCACCACCACCCCCACCAGCAGACAGCUCAGCCACACAUUGCCACACACUGCUCAGGACUCAGAGGAUGAGGAGACGGAUGUGGACAUGACGCUGAAUCUCAGUCGGGGCCCCCAGGACCAAAGCAGCUUUCAACCUUACAUCCCAGAAGACUUUGCAAACUUUGAGAUCUACAACGCCACUCUGGAGAGCCAGGGGGGCUUUCUUUCCUCCCAUUCUGACUUGAAGGGAAGCCAGUGUGGAGGUGGGAGUGGGGAGAGAGAGGUGCCUCGGAGCCCCACAGCCAGCAGUUGCACUAGUGGCUACUUUUCACACAGUGCUUCCAAUGCCACGCUGUCUGACAUGCCUUUCAGUGGCAGCGAGAGCUCCGACCACCUCAGCUGCACCUCCAGAGACCUCCAUGACCCUCUCGGCUGUCCUUCUGGAAGAGGCUGCACCAAAACCAAAAGUGUUUCUACAGGAAGUGACACCCAGCAGUCUCCCCACUCAACAGGUGGGGUUCAGGACCUGCUCAGCCACCCUGCCUCCUUACAUGGCAGUAUCCCUAAUUGCACAGAUAAGCAGCAAACAUUGCCUAUGCCUCACAACUCUAUUCUCAGUGCCAGCCAGGAGUUCACUGACUUCAAAGGAGCUGAUGACAGUAUUGGAGAGAGUGACUUAACACAUUUUACAGAGGGAUGGGCACAGGAGGGUUUGGAGUUCUCUACAAACCAGCAGAAGAAAUCAGAUAAUAUAGAAACAUGUGGCAACACUGGUAAUCAACACUCCUCUGAUGUCUCUGGUAUUAUCAACAUAUCUGUUCCUGAAAACACUUCACCUGCUAUAUGCAAAUGUCCAAACAAUACAGGCUCUGUUAGCUGUGUUGCUGUGUCCUGCCCUAACACAACUGUAGUUUGCACUUCAGUCAGAGGCCCCUUAUCUGUGCCUGACAAAGCCCCAGCUCCAUCUCCAGCAUCACCAUCCCCGGUCACAACCGUAUCUACGGCCCCAUCCUCUGGCCAGACUCCACGAGCAGGAGGAGAACCUCCAAUCCAGGAGCCGGCCCAGGGAGAUCUGCCCCACGGGAGUCCCUGUCCCAGCCCAAACCCAAUCAGCGCAGAGCCCUCAGGCGAUUCAAGCGGAGAUGAGAGCACCCCUGUAGCUCAGCUUCCUGACUGGAUGGCCCCUGGAGAGCAGGUGUGGGUGGGGAAGAGGAGAGGAACGGUCCACUAUGUCGGAGGAGUAGAGUUUGCUAAGGGGAUCUGGAUUGGUGUGAAGCUUGACAUGGCAGUGGGUAAGCACAACGGGACUGUCCAAGGCAGAGUGUAUUUCCGCUGCCCGCCAGGCCAUGGUGUGUUUGUCAAGCCAUCUCGUCUCACCAGAGGGCCGCCCUCCAUGGACACAGAACCCCAGACUCUGAUCAGAUAGGACCCAAAGAAGGACUAGCUUUCUUAGGAAUGGCAGAGACGCCUGGGUGGUCCUCAGAUCCAGUGCCUAUGGAUGAACCGCAGGCUGACUUCAACAUGCCUUUUCUCCUUCCAUUCCUCUGACCACUCUAGUCUCUAAGCUGAUGUAUUCUGUAGGCCUGUCUGCCUUCCUAGGUAUGUCUUACCUGUGCAUUUAAUGAAGGUAUAUCCUAAAUACUGUCCACUGAAAUUCACUAUGCACAUAUCUGAGUUUUCUAUACGGUGAUAUUUUUGAUAGAGAACUUAUGAAAAUAUUACCCACGCCCAUUUUCUUACAUUGGUUUCUGAACAUUAUAUAUAAUAUUUUUGUAAGACAAAUGCACCCUCCCCUGAGGCUCAUAGUGGAUUAAUCUGGGAUAUGAUGAUUAAGAAUGUACUACUGUUAAUAAACAUUGAUAUUUACAUCAAUAUGAUAUGUCAGGGGUAACCAAAGAACUACGGUUCCAUAUCUGCUGUUAUGAGUAAUAUGUUAUUUUUCUAAUGUGCGUGUGUGCAUUAUAUAUCUAUAUGUCCAAGUAAAGCUUAGUGCCAUAUCUCUAGAAGUAAUGCCACAAAUCCUGAACAGAGGACAAAUCUGCAAAACCUGAGUUGCUUUCAGUGUGAUACUGCAGUUAUCAUGUUUAAUUAUCUUGUUGAAGUACUGUAACACUGUGGAGGAAAUAAUCCCCAUCCAGCAUGAGACUGUUGCUGUUUGAAUGCUUGCACUGGAAAAGAUUCUUGGAGAGUUCACUGACUGUCUUCCGUUUUUGACUGAUGAAAUAUAUUUUGACUGAAGUGACUGAGAAAGCAGCUUGGCUUUGUCCAAGGCCUGGAUAUACUUAUGCCUUAAUGCCCUGUUUCCAAAAAGGCAGGCACAUAAAGCCCAGACUACUCAAUGAACUCCAUAACAAGUUCAUAGAGUUUUAAACUAACUAACUGAAUGGACCCUAAACCUGUGUAUGGAUAUCCCGAUGCCCCGAGGCCAUCAAAAUGCCACCCAGCCUUGCUGACUGACUGUUAUGAAUACCUUUUUAACUGAUUGUCCAUCUUCAUUUUAUAUGUUAACUAACUGAUAUAUAACACUACAAGUUAAAGGGUACUCCAUAAUGCAUUUUUGUUUCACAUGGAGGAUUGGAUGAAUAGGCGAUAGACAGUAUCAGGUUACAGAAGACGGUGCAAAAGUAGAAGAAUUGUUGUGUGAACUUAUAUUUUCAUGGAAGUAGUGAACUGUGGAACUGACUAGAAAUGGUUGUAUAUCUAAGCUGUAAUUUCAAGUAAAUGAAACAAACCCAAGACCUUACUUUAAAGAAGAGAACAAUGCUGCUCUCCCUCAUAAGGAGUUGUAAAUAGAAAUGUAUUUGAACAUAGUAUUUACGCUAUUAUAAUGUACAGAAUUGUAUUUAUAAUGUAUCUCAAACUGUUUUAAUUGGUACAAAAUGUUCUAGAAUAGAACAUUUACAAUCAC